AUGAGUUUAUUCCUCCCUAAAUUAUCCUGUAAAAAGGAUAUUGACGAAGUAAUUAAAAAUGUCGCUGAAAAGGUUCUAGUGCUGCGCUUUGGAAGAGAUGACGACUCCGUUUGCAUGCAACUGGAUGAAAUUCUGUCAAAAACCUCUCACGACUUGAGUAAUAUGGCGUCUAUUUAUCUCGUGGAUGUGGAUAAAGCUCCGAUAUACACCCGGUAUUUUGACAUCAGUUACAUUCCCUCAACGGUAUUUUUCUUCAACGGACAACACAUGAAAGUCGAUUACGGGUCCCCGGACCACACCAAAUUUGUCGGAAGCUUUAAGACCAAACAGGAUUUUAUAGACUUGAUUGAGGUGAUCUACCGUGGUGCCAUGAGAGGGAAGCUCAUAGUACAGAGCCCUAUUGAUCCAAGAAACAUCCCUAAAUAUGAUCUCCUCUAUCAUGGCAUCUAGUUCAG